AUGUAUCCGCAAACCCCUAUGGGAUACUCGGGGCCGAUAACCUUCACCCAUGGCGCUGUCAAUUCCGGGGAGGGGAUCGAAGACCUAUAUGCAGCGAUGCAACCGCAGUGGACCGGAUUGGAAGCUACGAACCUCUUGAAGCUGACCGGCUCUGAGUCGAUGCAGUCGCCAUAUGGAGGAGUCAACCAUCCGUAUACUACCACGGCAGCAUUCCCCACCGGCUCCAUCCUCACCCCCAUCAGCCUUCCCGAUAGCUCCUUCAGACCGAGUCCGGUACUCAGUCAUCAUUCGCACGAUUUCCAAUACAAUCCCAAUGACAUCGUCCCAUCUCAAGGACUAGGUAUCACAGCUCCAUUUCCGAGCAGCUUCCCUCGGACCGUGACUGCGGGCCUGGGGCACUCUCUGGACGAACUGGAAUAUGGCAUGGGCGAGGUAGAGCACUCGCCUCAUCCCCCGCCAGCAAAGAGAGCCCGACGUGGUCCGAAGCAGGCAGUCACGCCGCGGGAAGCCCCCGUUACCAUCCUUCCCAAUCCCGAGGGGCUACAGCGACUAGAACAAGAGCGAAGACAAGGGGCCGCUGACGCUCAGCAGCAACAGCGGCCUCGCGCCCCAGGAAGGGGCCGCAGAGAUCCCCAGGCUGAGGAGGAAGAUGCAUUCGUGGAGCGGCUGCGGGAACAGAACUUGGCAUGGAAGGUGAUCCGGGAGAUGUUCCGGGAGAAAUUCCACAAGGAUGCAUCCGAGGCGCGGCUGCAGAUGCGCAUGUUGCGGCGGCGCAAGGAGCGCCUGGCUCGCUGGGAUGAAAACGAUAUCCGCCUACUCAUCAAGGCUCGGGAUUAUUGGGAGCACGAGAAGUACAAUGUGAUUGCACAAAAGAUGAGGGAGUUUGGAGCCGGACAGUACACGCCACAGCAAUGCGAGGCCCAACUACGGUAUCUUGAUGCGCAGAAUCGGGACCGCAGCGGUCUGGUCACGCGGCCACGAAUAGCUGAGCCUGCGCAGGCACGACGACGAGUCUGGCCGCGCUCAUCAUCUCAGAGCCUGGGUGGUGAAACAGGAAGGUAG